AUGGUGGUUAGUCAGAUCUCACAACUGGCAGAGAUAAAGUUUGGCAUUCCCAAUGGUGGAGGGACCUUCGAAAACUAUCUCAACAGCCUCAAUUCAGCUCUAUCCAUCAACAUAUGGUUUGGAAGUGGACAGCAGAACAAUACUAUUUCCAACAUGGGAAGAUUCUUUCAGGGCCAAUGGAGUUGGGAUCUAAAAUGGAGAAGGAAUUUAUUUGACCAUGAACAGGAUAUAGCAGUGGAUUUCAUGCAAACAAUUAAUAAUAUUCAGAUUCAGCCUCAUCUGCAGGACACUAUGCUGUGGAAAGCUGAUUCUUCGGGUGUAUACUCCACUAAAUCAGCUUAUAGACUGCUACUAACUACUAACAGUCAGCUUCCAGAGCCCAACAUCUACAAGACAAUAUGGAAUCUGAACAUCCCCUCAAGGGCUGUGGUUUUCUCUUGGAGACUUAUCAAAGACAGAUUACCCACUAGAUACAAUCUACUUAGAAGAAAUGUAUUCAUUCCGGAUCAAGUGUGUCCACUGUGUGGUUAUUACCAAGAGGAAGCUGGCCACUUGUUCUUCAACUGUAAAUUGACCAGCGGAUUAUGGUGGGAAUCUCUGAGGUGGAGUAGGAUAGUUGGUCCACUUGCAGCUAAGCCAGCAGCUCAGAUUGCCCAAUUCUGUGAUGGUUUUGGAGGUGGGAAGAAUCAUAAAAGAUGGUGUCGAUGGUGGAUUGCAUUAUCAAGCUCAAUAUGGCAGCAUAAGAAUCUCUUGGUAUUCCAAGGCCACCGGUUUGAUCCAGCCAAAGUGAUGGAAGACGCUUUACUCCUAACAUGGUCAUGGGUAAAGACCAGAGAUAAAAAGUUCUGUACUUCGUUCAACCACUGGUCUUCAAAUCUUGGGGACUAUUUUGGUUAA